AUCGCGCCCGCCCGCUGCGCGGAGGCUGCGCGGGGCCGCGGGAGUGAAGCUGCUGCUGCUGCUGCUGCGGCGGGGAGCGAGAGCGCCGAGGGAGCGAGCUGGGCGCCGGGACAGCCGCCGCCGCCGCGCCCGGCCCUCCGCGGGCGCGGCUCGUCCUUCCCUUCCCUGCUGGGCCCGGACUAAGCCGACGGAGAGGGAUGAAGGGGGGAUCCCGAGCGGGAGUUGGAUGCACACUGCUACAGGAGACCUUUCCUCCGAGCUGCUGCUGCUGCUAAGUUUCAGAAACCGGCUGUGAACAGGUCACCCUAAAGAAUGGCCGAGCCUUCUGGGAACGAGCUGGCGUCCGCGGCUGCCAAGGGGGACCUAGUGCAACUUACUAAUUUGUUGCAAAAGAAUGUAAACGUCAAUGCACAAAAUGGAUUUGGGAGGACUGCGCUGCAGGUGAUGAAACUCGGGAACCCCGAAAUCGCCCGGCGGCUGCUCAGUAACGGGGCCAACCCCAACCUGAAAGACAGGACCGGCUUCGCUGUCAUCCACGAUGUAGCCAGGGAGGGGUUUCUGGACACUUUGCAGACUCUGCUGGAGUUCAAAGCCGAUGUUAACAUCGAGGACAACGACGGCAACCUGCCCUUGCACUUGGCGGCCCAGGAGGGGCACGUGCGGGUGGUGGAGCUGCUGCUGGCGCACUCCGAGUGCAAGGUGGGCCACCAGAACAAGCGGGGGGCCACCGCCUACGACCUGGCCAAGCUCUACAGGAGGGCAGCCGUGGUGGAACUCCUGGAGGCCAGCAGCUCCUUCCCCCCCAGCAUGGACUGAACCCUGCUAGGACACGGGGUCUCCUUUGGACGUGAGGGCGUGCAGACUUCUUGGGGUGUUUCCCUCCUUUUUAACAACAUUUGUUGCCACAUUACUUUUUUUUUUUUUUUUUUUUUUUUUUUUUUUACCCUGAACAGCUGGUAGUGUAAGUCUCAAGGAAUUCCAGAGGUGGGUUUGUAGACAACAGAAACGUUUUAAAUCCACGCUCUGAGCAGUUUCCUAUACUUUUCACUUUACACAGUACUCCCAGGCUCAUCCGUGUGUAUGUUGGUUGCUCAUAUUUAGUUUUCCAGUAUCAACUUUUACAAUUUAUUUUAGGUCAUUCGUAUCAAGUCAUUAAUACAAGAGCUACUAUUCACAUGCUAAAUAUUGCUGGACUCUUAAGAAAAGGAAAUAGUUUACUGUGAUUUCUCCCACCUCUCAAUGCAUCCCUCCCUUCUCUUCACUCCCCUCACCCCUCUCGGUCAGGCUCAAGAGUCUGAGGUCCUGUUUUAGAUAAAAACAUCCUCUCAAUAAGGGGUCACCUGCAGCCCCUGCACAGGCAGAGCUGGAAGUCAAAGGCUGCGUGGCCUGAGGACAGUGGAUGGCGCUUAGAUGCUUUAGGCAGUAACUGCAUUUUGUCACUAACAACAGCUUCUAGAACUAGGUCACUUACUUUCUAAAUGUAGAUGACACUUUUCCUCUUUGUGUAUUUAAACUUUCACCAAUCUGGUUUUGAAUUUAGUUACCAGAAACAGUAUAAGUGGUGUUUCUUCGAUUGCCAGAGGUUUUAAACAGCUCAGUUUAGUAGUUCGUGUUUACUGUGCACUGCAGAAGAGGUGUUUUUUUUUUUUUUUUUUUUUUAGUUUCAAAACAA